AUGACGCAUCUACAACAUGACAUUGCCUGUUGCAUUUCAGUUUUAUUUAUUUUAAAUCUCGUCAAGGGGGAUUACCAGGAUUAUCUGGGCCCUGAGCAUAGAGCAAUACAUUUGCCUGAGAAGAAAUUUGGCUUCGGUGAAUACUCAGAGUACUCUGACCUGUAUCGCAAUGAACAUGUAUCAAAAACUACAACAGAUAGCGAACCACAGGUGUCGGAUGAAUUUGAUAAAAAUAUUGUAUGGACUCCUAAUUGGGCCACUGAUAUAAAGUUUGGUCAGAUAUCAGCAGUAUCUAUAGAUCCAAAUGGCAAUAUUGGAAUAUUUCACAGAGGAUCGCAAGUUUGGGGCACGACUACGUUCGAUGAUCAGAACAGAUUUAAUUCGAAUAAAGGACCAAUUCAGGAGAAUGCUAUAAUUUUGUUAGAUAAAUCUGGAAAGAAGCUACUGGAAUGGGGUGAAAGCAUGUUUUAUUUGCCACACGGUUUAACGAUAGAUUUGCACGGAAAUUAUUGGGUUACCGAUGUAGCCUUACAUCAGGUAUUCAAAUUUGAUGCUAAGGAUAUAGCAGUGAUGAAAGAUAUGGCAAAAUUGAAGAAAAGGCAAUACAACCAAGAGUCAAUGUUCCCUCGUAGCCGUAAUACUGAUACUAUGUUUGAUAAUUACAUGCCCAAACCAUCGUUGAUUCUUGGGGAGGAAUUUGAACCUGGUAAUGAUGAUAAACGAUUUUGCAAACCAACAGCAGUUGCUGUACAGAGUAAUGGUGAUUUUUUUGUCAGUGAUGGUUACUGUAAUUAUAGAAUCAUUAAAUUUAAUGCUAGAGGAAAAAGAAUUUUGCAAUGGGGUCGACCCUGGGGAAGAAGAGGAAGCAUGUAUGAUCAGGCUCCUCCACCAUAUGCUUUUUAUGUACCUCAUGCUUUAGCGCUUGCUAGCGAAUUUAACUUAAUUUUCGUUGCUGAUCGGGAAAAUGGUAGAAUUUUAUCUUUCUUUACAAGCAAUGGUACUUUCCACAAAGAAUACAAGCAUCCUACUAUUGGUGCAAGGAUAUACAGUGUAGCAUAUGCUAAGGAAAGGCUUUAUUUGGUCAACGGUCCUGAUACAAAUGCAAAUUACAAUGUACACAUCAGAGGAUUCGUUCUCGAUGUCAAUUCUGGAAGUAUACUAUCGCAAUUUGGGCCAGGUCAUGACAUGUUUAUGCCACACGAUAUAGCUGUAACUGAGAAUGGCUCAGAAAUAUAUGUGGUGGAACUAAAUAUACAUGUUGCAUAUAAAUUCUUGCAAGAUAUAAAUGCAUCGACGCGAAUUGGAAAUUCUAUGGUACACACAAACCCUCACCAUGAACCAGCACCUUUAACGGACAGUGAUAUUAGCAAUUCUUCUGGAGGUACUACAACAGCAACAUUAGUCUUAUCCCUUGUUACAGCAGCAGUCAUUUUUAUUGCCCUCUGUAUAGCAAUUGCUGCAGUUGUAGCAAGAUGUCAAAAAAGAGGAUGUUUGUUAAUAAUGCGCAAGCGAAUGCGGUGGGAAGCCGAGAGGCGAGAAAACUUUAAACUCUCGAAUCUCUUGGAAAACAGAAGAGGCAAAAGUUUCAAGAUAAUGGAGAAACGACCAAAUCCGCGAGACUUUAGUAAAUUGAACACGGAACCAGAAACCUCGGAAGAUGAAUAUCCGGAGAAUAGUCUUACAAAAGUUAUUUAA